UUUGACCUGCACCCCAUGAGGUGAGGGCACAGUUGCUGGGAUGUCACCUCUCAUGUAUUAUCAUUAUACAGAUUCUGUAAUAACAGUGGUGUUAAGUUAAAUCUAGUUUCAUGUAUCCAGUCACAUUAACAGAUCAGAUUUUGAUCAUGAUCACUGCAUCAUGUUUCAUCAACAGGUUAAUAAGUACAUUACCUUUUGUUAUUUUCUUCUAGGGCCUUGAUGAUGAUGUCAAAGAGCAGCUUCCAGCCUCCCAAACUAAAGGACAAGACCAAAUGGUAGAAGUUACUUUACAAUUUAAAAGUAAUAUGAACUACAGACCUGAAAGUAUAUACUGUAUGUUACAGUGAGUGUCCAGGAGCCUAUGUGGCAAUAACCAGAGGUCUAUCUGUUUAGGUCUGCUGACUUUCACACCUUUGUGAAAAUAUCCCUCACCAAGAACCCUCGCAAAAGGCCCACUGCAGAGAAACUGUCACAGGUACUAUCUCAAAGAGUUCCAUCCUUUUGAGGAGAGCAAGAAGAUAGCAUCAAUGUUACUAAAAAAAACUGUUGAAUUCAUGUCCCUAGUGAAGAAACUGUUCUAUAGUCCUUCGGGUGAGACACACUCCCCACAUGACCUAGGUUUUCUCCUCAGCACCCCUUUGUGAGUCAGCUGCUGACCAGGACCCUGGCCAUCGAACUGCUGGACACGGCCAGCAACCCUGUUCUGCAAACCACACACACUAUGGACGAGAGUGAUCUUGAUGUGAGCUCCUCCCCUCCCCUAUCCUCUCCUCACCUCACCUUUCCUUUCCUAAAAUGUGUGCUUGGGCACAACAAUCUAUGAUGUGGAUUACUAUACUACUAAGAUGAAUAUGUCACUAAUGCUCUGUAUGUGCUGUGUAUGUUGUUGUGUGGGUUUGCAGACAUGCAGUGCAUUCCCUGAUAAGAUCCAAUCCUUAGCGAAACACCUGCCGGUCCAAAGGACUCAUUCUGAGGAGCAGUGUGAGUAACUACAGAUGUAGGAUCUUAAUUUGAUCACCAUGUUGCAGGAGAACAUUCCUGCAAUGCAGGGAAUGUAAAACAUGUAGUGUAUGAGGGUUAAAAAGGCUUCUGAAGUUUGUAAUUUGCGCAUAGAAAUGUCAGACUUGAUCUUCCCUUACGAAAAAUGUAUCAACCUCUACAAAAAUGUCCAUUAAUUAUAUUCCACAUAAUAACUAACAUAUCCAGUUGCUGCAGGAUUGUUUUCCUGAUGUAGCAAACUGGCUCAAAUUAAGAUACGGCAUCUGUAUAGCCUCUCAGAUCCUUGCCCUCUAAGCACAGCUCCUCAAGGACUCUGGAGUUACUGAUGAGCCAUUGUUAUGGCCAAUGUAGCGUUACAUUACAGCAUGCAGGGGCAAGCAGCCAAGGUCAGGAGGACACAAGGGGAUAGUCACUGGCACCAAGACUAAGCAUCCAUUCACACAAAAUGAAAGAAAAUGAAAGAGAGUAGUGUGAGAACAAGUGUGUGUUUUUGUUUACCGGUAUCUCAUAUCAUUGUCAUAACAAAAAAUAUAUGAUUACGAUGAUAAUGAUGAUUAUCUACUACAGAGUAUUUAAUAUUUUAAAGGUGUUAUUCUGGAUCAUAAUUGUAUAUGUGCUGAUUAUUUGACUGGGUGUUUUCCAGUUGGUCUGCUCAAAUUUGGCCCUCCCAUGAGGAAGGAGACCGAGCGCUCUCCGGACCUGGUGAGGAUCAUCUGUGUCUAACCGCUAUGUUUUACAAACAGCAUGUUGAACAUAGAAAAACAAUCUGUUUAUUUGUCAAGUUGUCAGUACAUCAACAUAUUUUCCCCAACAGGGAUCGUAUGACGAAUGGAGCAUUACAGGAGAUGAGAACAACUCCCCGUAAGCUAUUAUUUCUCAAACCUCCUAUGUGACGUCAGCUGUAAUAAAUCACUAAUGAAAGCAACAAUAACUGAAUCUACUCUACAUUUUGAGGUGCAGAAGUCUACUGGAGUGUGUUGAGGAAGCAUUACUUGAAAGGUGAGGCUAAAAUACUUCCCAUAUACAUCUCUUUAUAGCACUUACCUACCUACUGUAUUGUGUCUGUAAGGCAAAACACCCUUACCUACCUACUGUAUUGUGUCUGUAAGGCAAAACACCCUUACCUACCUACUGUAUUAUGUCUGUAAGGCAAAACACCCUUACCUACCUACUGUAUUAUGUCUGUAAGGUAAAACACCCUUACCUACCUACUGUAUUAUGUCUGUAAGGUAAAACACCCUUACCUACCUACUGUAUUGUGUCUGUAAGGCAAAACACCCUUACCUACCUACUGUAUUAUGUCUGUAAGGUAAAACACCCUUACCUACCUACUGUAUUAUGUCUGUAAGGCAAAACACCCUUAUCUACCUACAGUCGUGGUCAAAGGUUUUGAGAAUGACACAAGUAUUGGUCUCCACAAAGUUUGCUGCUUCAGUGUUCUUAGAUCUUUAUGUCAGUAGUUACUAUGGUACACUGAAGUAUAAUUACAAGCAUUCCAUAAGUGUCAAAGGCUUUCAUUGACAAUGACAUUCAGUUUAUGCAAAGAGUCAAUAUUUGCAGUAUUGACCCUUCUUUUUCAAGACCUCUGCAAUCCGCCCUGGCAUGCUGUCAAUUAACUUCUGGGCCAAAUCCUGACUGAUGGCAGCCCAUUCUUGCAUAAUCAAUGCAGAAGUUGUGGGUUUUUGUUUGUCACCCGCCUCUUAAGGAUCGACCACAAGUGCUCAAUGGGAUUAAGGUCUGGGGAGUUUCCUGGCCAUGGACCCAAAAUUUCGAUGUUUUGUUCCCCGAGCCACUUAGUUAUCACUUUUGCCUUAUGGCAAGGUGCUCCAUCAUGCUGGAAAAGGCAUUGGUCGUCACCAAAUUGUUCUUGGAUGGUUGGGAGAUGUUGCUCUCUGAGGAUGUGUUUGUACCAUUCUUUAUUCAUGGCUGUGUUCUUAGGCAAAAUUGUGUGAGCCCACUCCCUUGGCUGAGAAGCAACACCACACAUGAAUGGUCUCAGGAUGCUUAACUGUUGGCAUGACACAGGACUGAUGGUAGCGCUCACCUCAGGUGUUUUCCGGACAAGGUGUUUUCCGGAUGGCCCAAACAAUCGGAAAGGGGAUUCAUCAGAGAAAAUGACUCUACCCCAGUCCUCAGCAGUCCAAUCCCUGUACCUUUUGCAGAAUAUCAGUCUGUCCCUGAUGUUUUUCCUGGAGAGAAGUGGCUUCUUUGCUGCUCUUCUUGACACCAGGCCAUCCUCCAAAAGUAUUCGCCUCACUGUGCAUGCAGAUACACUCACACCUGAGUCCGAUCCCGCAGCUGAAUCAACUUUAGGAGACGGUCCUGGCGCUUGCUGGACUUUCUUGGGCGCCCUGACACCUUCUUCACAACAAUUGAACCUCUUACUAGCAGCAAUAUCCUUGCCUUGUGAAGCCCUUUUUGUGUAAAGCAAUGAUGACGGCACGUGUUUCCUUGCAGGUAACCAUGGUUGACAGAGGAAGAACAAUGAUUUCAAGCACCACCCUCCUUUUAAAACUUCCAGUCUGUUAUUCUGACUCAAUCAGCAUGACAGAGUGAUCUCCAGCCUUGUCCUCGUCAACACUCUCACCUGUGUUAACGAGACAAUCACUGACAUGAUGGCAGCUGGUCCUUUUGUGGCAGGGCUGAAAUGCAUUGGAAAGGUUUUUUAGGAUUAAGUUCAUUUUCAUGGCAAAGAGGGACUUUGCAAUUAAUUGCAAUUCAUCUGAUCACUCUUCAUGACAUUCUGGAGUAUAUACAAAUUGCCAUCAUCAACACAGAGGCAGCAGACUUUGUGGAGACCAAUACUUGUGUCAUUCUCAAAACUUUUGACCAUGACUGUACUGUAUUCUAUUCCUAAUGUAUUAUAUUUUGCAAAAAGGAACAAAAUAUAAUUUCCAUUACAAACAAACAUACCAAGUAAGCUGAAUGCAAGGGAAUUUAAAACAAUACUGCACAUCCACACAACUAGACAUGUUUCAUUCCCAUAACAUAGUAUAUUUGUGUCUGUUUGAUAUUCUUUGCAGGAGGUUAACCAUAAAGAGAGCGCCCUCUGCUGAGGUGAGAGAGAACUACAGACUAUCAUCAGCCUCUCAGGCACUCAACACUGUUUCUUUGGAACCACACAAGUGUCUGUGUUCAUCUGUUGCAGCACUCUCCUGAAGAUGAGGAUAUGGAUAAAUGUGGCACAGUGAAGAGGAGUGGGGUCCUCAGCCCUGCCCCAAGGCAUACCAUCCCCCCAUCCACUGCCUCUACUCCUCCCGUAGAAUCUACUGUCAACUGUGACUCAACCCCUCCGACUGUCACACCUCCAUUCACAGACCCCACCCUGGCUGAACCCUCUCUCUUCAACUCUACCAUCUUUUCUGACCUCUCAUUUUCCUCCUACUGCUCGUCUGAAGGUACAGCACCACACACAACACAUCCAGGAAAACUGAAACAAUCUAUGACGUCAUCGCGUAACAAGUAGUGGAAUCAACUGCUUUUCAUGUAUACUAUCUGCAUGACCAAAAGUCUCACACCCAUUAUCCUGAGAAGCUAUGCUGCACUGAUGGGUCUGUGUGUUCCUGCAGAGGGCAGUGAGCCAGAAGGACGGAGGCUGGGAGAGACACCCUGCAUGGCCCAGGGGCCCCCACUGUCUCCAGAAUGGAGCACGCUCAGGAGGAAAACUGAGGACUCGGUGAGUCACCAUCAACAAGUUACUGACAGCACUCUUAAAUGCAUAUUUUGUACACACGAUGACAGAUUAUUCUAUCGUGGAAUUUUUGUCUUCUUCAGAGAGGUGAUUGCCAUGGACUUCCACCCACGCCCAAAGUGCAUGUAAGUCAAGAUGUCUGGAUAUAUAGCCACCAAAAAUAAAAGAAUGUAUCGUUUUAAUGUCACGUGCACAAGUACAGUGAAAUGCCUUUCUUGCAAACUCAAAACCCAACAAUGCAAUAAUCAUAACAAUUUAAUACUAGGAAAAAAAAAACACGAGAAAUAAGAAGAACACAAUAAGUAAGUAAGUAAGCAUUCUAUAUACAGGGUCAGUUCCAAUACCAUAUUUACAAUGUGCACGGAUACGGGAGUGAUGGGGUAAGGGGUAAGGGGACUAGGUAACAGGAUAUAAGAUAAACAGAGUAGCAGCAGCUUGUAUGUGAGUGGGUGUGUGUAGAGUCCGUAUAAAUGUAUGUGCAUAUUAUGUGUGAGUGAGAAGAUGAUGGAGUGAGUGUGUAUGUAAGGCCCUGUGAGUGUGCAUAGAGACAGUGCAAAAAUAAAAGGUAAAUAAAGAUACAAGGUUAACUCAGAUAGUCCGUGUAGCUAUUUAGUUAGCUAUUUAUCAGUCGUAUUGCUUGGGGAUAGAAGCUGUUCAAGAGCCUGUUGGUGCCAGACUUGAUGCACCGGUACCGCUUGCCGUGUGGAAGCAGAGAGAAUAGUCUAUGGCUUGGGUGGUUGGGAUCUUUAAUGAUUUUCCUGGCCUUCCUACCUGAUAUAGACGUCCUGGAUGGCAGAGAGCUCGGCCCCAGUGAUGUACUGGGCUGUCUGCACCACCCUCUGUAGCACCAUGCGAUCGAGGGCGGUGCUGUUGCCAUACCAAGCAGUGAUGCAGCCGGUCAAGAUGCUCUCAAUGGUACAGCUGCAGAACUUUUUGAGGAUUUGAGGGCCCAUGCCAAACGUUUUUCAACCUCCUGAAGGGGGAAGAGGCGCUGUUGCGCAUGUUAGGACCAUUUUAAGUCUUCAGUGAUUUGGAACUUGAAGCUCUCAACCUGCUCCACUGCAGCCCCGUCGAUGUGGAUGGGGGGCCUUCUCGCCCCCCCCAUUUCCUGUAGUCCACGAUCAGCUCCUUGGUCUUCCUGACGUUGAGGGAGAGGUUGUGGUUCUGGCACCACACUGCCAGGUCACUGACCUCCUCCCUGUAGGCUGACUCAUCGUCGCCGGUGAUCAGGCCUACCACCGUCGUGUCGUCAGCAAACUUGAUGAUGGUGUUGGAGUAGUGCGUGGCCACACAGUCGUGGGUGAACAGGGAGUACAGGAGGGGACUAAGCACACACCCCUGUGGGGCCCCUUGUUGAUGGUCAGCGUGGCGGAGGUGAUUGUGCCUACCCUCACCACCUGGGGUCGGCCCGUCAGGAAGUCCAGGAUCCAGUUGCAGAGGGAGGUGUUCAGACCCAGAGUCCUAAGCUUGGUGACGAGCUUGGAGGGGACAAUGGUGUUGAACGCUGAGCUGUAGUCAAUGAACAGCAUUCUCACCUAGGUAUUCCUUUCAUCUAGGUGGGUGAGGGCAGUGUGGAGAGCAAUUGAGAUUGCAUCUAUGGAUCUGUUGGGGCGGUAUGCAAAUUGGAUUGGGUCUAGGGUGUCUGGGAUGGUGGAGUUAAUGUGUGCCAUAACCAGCCUCUCAAAGCACUACAUGAUUACAGAAGUGAGUGCUACAGGGCGGUAGUCAUUGCGGCAUGAAGCCUUACAGUUCUUGGGGACAGGAAUGAUGGUGGUCAUCUUAAAACCUGUGGGGAUUACAGACUGGGACAGGGAGAGGUAAGGACGGUGAAUACGCCUGCCAGCUGGUCUGCGCAUGCUCUGAGAACGCGCCCUGGAAUACCGUCGGGCCCCACGGCCUUGCGGGUGUUGACCUGAUUAAAGACUUUUCUCUGGGUCGGUGACGGCCCUCACACCCGGCACGAUGUUGUUGUCAAAGCGUGCAUAAAAUGCAUUGAGUUCGUCUGGUAGAGAGGUAUCAUUGGGCAGAUCACGGUUGGGUUUUCCUUUGUAAUUCGUAAUGGACUGUAUCCGCUGCCACAUGCGGCGUGUGUCGGAGCCUGUGUAAUAUGAUUCCACCUUAUUCCUAUAUUGUCCUUUUGCUCGUUUGAUGACUCUGCGGAGGUCAGUGCGGGACUGAAAUUAUGCAUAUUGACCCACACAAUCUUUUCCAGAUGGGGGCCUGUUUUUCCAAGGUGUUUAAUGGCUGUCCAUUGAAGAUUCACUGUGCUGUCACAUGGGUCCUGCCAAAGACUAAAGGUACGCACAGGUUAUAAAGACUAACAAGAGGUAAAUAGAGCUUCUGUCAAACCAGUCAGAUCUCAGGAAGAAUGUCUGACUGUCCUCCCUCAGAUCAACACCUCAUCCUGGGGACAGAGGAGGGCAUCUACACCCUGAACCUCAACGAGCUCCAUGAGGACACCAUGGAGAAGGUAGCUACCAUCAAUUGUACAAUUAUUAUUCUUUUUAAACACAAUAAAGCUCUACCCAUCAGUUGUUCUUAUGAUUAUUAUUGUUUUUCAGUUAUUACCCCAGAGGUGCAGCUGGCUGUAUGUCAUGAACAACGUGCUAAUGUCUAUCUCGGGUAGGGCCCUCAGUGUCCCCACAACACCAACAAUUACAACACACCCUAAUACUUAUGCUCUAUCUAGAUGUGUGUGUUGACUGUCUUUGUGCUCCGUAGGAAAAUCAUCCCAGCUGUGCUCCCAGAGGCUGACCACCCUGUUUGACCAGCGUAGACACCUGCAGAAGAGGCAGGGCCACCUGUACAUCAACACCCACCGCCUCACUGAGAGGAUCAACUCAAGGUAUGGACACCCCACCCCUUGUCAGAGGGGGGCUGUAGUGAAAAUACCAAUGAUUUAUAUAUACACUAGAUGACUAUGAUGGCUGUGUUGAAGCCAUGGUGACUCAAUCUUGGCAUUCCACCAUCAUUCACAAAAAUAUUUUUGGAAGCUAUAGAAAUUCAUUUCUUAAUGUCUAAAUUUGUUUUUGCCACAUUUAUUAUAUUACAGACACCUUAAUGCAUACCUUUAAAUUAUAUUAUGUGAGCUAAACAUAAAAAUAGAAAAUGAAAAAAUAUAUAAAAACAUUUUCCUUGGUGUAAUUGUUUUUAGAUUACUAAUGUAACUGUCCCCACUACAUCAAGAAAAUACUAAAUACAUGUAAUUUGGACCUUGAAACAUUUUAAUUGAAAUACUGUAUAAUUUCAGUAAUUCCUAUGGAGGUCUGCUCCUACUGGGGAGUGAUAAUAUGGCGAACCAGUGGCUUCAAAGCCUCUCAAUGGCCAAUACAUAGCAUCAGCAAUCCAGGGUUUAUAUACAUCAUUGGAAAAUACCCAAGCACUGUUGCUUUUCACUGAUACUAACAUGAGAGGAAGGGAAAUUAUCCUUGAAAUUGUACCAAAAAAAAUGUCAUGUUAAUGUGUUCUCUGUUUUAGAAAGUUUUCUGUGUCUGGGAAGAUACCAGACACCAAAGGCUGUCGACGCUGCAGUGUUGGUAGGAAACAUGUUAUUUUAGUCUAAAAUGGAGGUGUACUGUACAGUCUUUAUGACUAAGACGACAUCUCUCUCUCCCUCCUGCCUUAACUUCUCAGUGCAUAACCCGUACACUGACAGUACAUUUCUGUGUGCUGUUGUACCAACUGGCCUAGUCCUACUGCUGUGGUAUGAGCCUCUUCAGAAGUUCAUGCAACUCAAGGUGUGUGAUCCCAAUGCAAUGUUAGAAUUGCUUUUUAAAAUAUAUAUACAGUGCCUUCGGAAAGUAUUCAGACCCCUUGACUUUUUCCAUAUUUUGUUACGUUACAGCCUUAUUCUAAAAUGGAUUAAAUCGUUUUUUUCCCCCUCAUCAAUCUACACACAAUACCCCAUAAUGACAAAGCAAAAACAGGUUUUUAGAAAUGUAUGCAACAAAAAAAACUACAACAAACUAAUAUCACAUUUACACAAGUAUUCGGACCCUUUACUCAGUACUUUGUUGAAGCACCUUUGGCAGCAAUUACUGCCUUGAGUGUUCUUGGGUAUGAUGGUACAAGUUUGGCACACCUGUAUUUGGGGAAUUUCUCCCAUUCUUCUCUGCAGAUCCUCUCAAGCUCUGUCAGGUUGGAUGGGGAGCGUUGCGCACAGCUAUUUUCAGGUCUCUCUCCAUGUUCGAUCGGGUUCAAGUCCAGGCUCUGGCUGGGCCACUCAAGGACAUUCAGAGACUUGUCCCGAAGCCACUACUGCAUUGUCUUGGCUGUGUGCUUAGGGUCGUUGUCCUGUUGGAAGGUGAACCCUCGCCCCAGUCUGAGGUCCUGAGUGCUCUGGAGCAGGUUUUCAUCAAGGAUCUCUGUACUUUGCUCCGUUCAUCUUUGCCUCGAUCCUGACUAGUCUCCCAGUCCCUGCAGCUGAAAAACAUCCCCACAGCAUGAUGCUGCCACCACCAUGCUUCACCGUUGGGAUGGUGCUAGGUUUCCUCCAGACGUGACGCUUGGCAUUCAGGCCAAAGAGUUCAAUCUUGGUUUCAUCAGACCAGAGAAUCUUGUUCUCAUGGUCUGAGAGUCUUUGGGUGCAUUUUGGCAAACUCCAAGCCGGCUGUCAUGUGCCUUUUACUGAGGAGUGGCUUCCGUCUGGCCACUCUACCAUAAAGGCCUGAUUGGUGGAAUGUUGCAGAGAUGGUUGUCCUUCUGGAAGGUUCUCCCAUCUCCACAGAGGAACUCUGGAGCUCUGUCAGAGUAACCACCGGGUUCUUGGUCACCUCCCUGAACAAGGCCCUUCUCCCCCGAUUGCUCAGUUUGGCCGGGCGGCCAGCACUAGGAAGAGUCUUGGGGGUUCCAGACUUCUUCCAUUUAAGAACGAUGGAGGCCACUGUGUUCUUGGGGAACUUCAAUCCUGCAGAAAUGUUUUGGUACCCUUCCCUAGAUCUGUGCCUCGACACAAUCCUGUCUCGGAGCUCUACGGACAAUUCCUUCUACCUCAUGGCUUGGUUUUUGCUCUGACAUGCCCUGUCAACUGUGGGACCUUAUAUAGACAGGCGUGUGCCUUUCCAAAUCAUGUCCAAUCAAUUGAAUUUACCACAGGUGGACUCCAAUCAAGUUGUAGAAACAUCUUAAGGAUGAUCAAUGGAAACAGGAUGCACCUGAGCUCAAUUUCGAGUCUAAUAACAAAGGGUCUGAAUACUUAUGUAAAUAAGAUAUUUCUGUUUCCUAUAUUUAAUAAAUGUGCAAAACUUUCUACAAAUCUGUUUUCGCUUUGUCAUUAUGGGGUAUUGUGUGUAGAUUGCUGAGGAUUUUUAUUUAUUUAAUCAAUUUUAGAAAAGGCUGUAACGUAACAAAAUGUGGAAAAAGUCAAGGGGUCUGAAUACUUUCCGAAGGCACUGUAUAUAGAAAAGCAUCGCAUAGCAUUCCGACAAUGUCUGUUCCGCUCUCUCCUUCCCCUCUAGUACAUAGCCAUCAGUCUCCCAGAAACCCUCCCCAUCUUUGAGCUGCUUGUCCUGGAGACUGAUGAGCUGCCACAGGUGUGUGUGGGUGUGAGCAGGCUACAGGCCCCUGUCAAGACCUGUGAGCAGCUCCACUUUGACAUCAUCCACCUGAAUGACACACCAAGAGCCCAGUCAGGUACUGUAGAUGGAAUUGAUGUUAUUAUUAGUAUGAUAAUCACCCUCCAUCACUAACUGGAUCUUUAAUCCAGUUUUAAUCUAGACAAAGAUCAGCAGAGUGUACAAGCUGUGAUGCUAUUGUUUAUGUGACGUUUUCACAGAUAGUCGAUCUCUGAAGGUGAUGCAGGUCACCCAGCUGGACAGAGACACAGUUCUGAUCGCUCUGGAGAGUGAGUUCAUUAUUUUUUUUCCAAUAGUCUUCUUUCAGUAUAAUUUGGUCAAGACCUUUGACUCUGCUUUCAGUAUCAUUUGGUCAGGAACAUUGACUCUGCUUUCAGUAUCAUUUGGUCUGGAACAUUGACUCUGCUUUCAGUAUCAUUUGGUCAGGAACAUUGACUCUGCUUUCAGUAUCAUUUGGUCAGGAACAUUGGAUGUGCUAGUGUUCUGUUCAGAGCGCUAAAGACCCUUGAAUGAAGGAAAAAAAGCAAAGAGUGAAUUGUGACCGUUUUUCCAUUGUACCUUUGCAGAUACUGUGAACAUUGUGAACCUGGACGGCAGCCCAAGCAAAGGGAUGACCUCAAAGUUGACCUUUGACUUUUCCAUUGAGACUCUUGGUAAGGAAAUGCGUUCUGCAUUAUAAUCAUUUAGCUUGGUGUCUUUGGAUUGGAGCAGUGGAGGCUGCUGAGGGGAGGACAGCUCAUAAUAAUGGCUGGAAUGGAGUCAAUGGAAUGGUAUCAAACAUGUGGUUUCCAUGUGGUUGAUACCAUUCCAUUGACUCCAUUCCAGCCAUUACUAUGAGACGUCCUCCCCUCAGCAGUCUCAACUGGAUUGGAGGUGACUAAAUUGUUCUUUGCAGUAUGUUUGCAGGACAGUGUUCUGGCCUUCUGGAAGCAUGGUCUUAAAGGUAGAAGCUUACAUGGUGAUGAGGUAAUGCAGAACACGUUUUUCAUGCCAGGCCAGCUUUUCAGUAUUGUCAGACUGUAUUGUCAACUCUCCUAUUGACAAUAAAAUGACGUUGUGACACCUGUGACAUUUUUCAUAGGUUACACAAGAGAUCACGGAUGAAAGUCGAAUAUUCAGAGUCUUGGGAACCUCAAGGCAUGUCUCUUAAUUAUAGGAGUUUGAUUGCAAUUCGAUAACAAAACAUUUAUGUCAAAUCAUUGAAGCAAAAUAAAAAGAUGUGUUGCACAUUAACGUAUGCUUUCAUUCCUCAGGGACAUUAUCUUGCAGAGUACUCCCACGGACAAUCCAUCAGCCUUAAGCAACUUGUACAUCCUGACAGGUCAUGAGAGUAGCUACUGAGGAAAUCAGAGAAUGGAGGACAUUCUGUCUCAAGGAAGUACACAGCAGUCUCCUGCUACUCCUAAAAAGACAAGCGCAAAGUCAAUAAGGAUGGAACAAGGAGCAAAACUGCUUACAAUGGCGAGUUGUUUGCAGAAGAGACACUGCAGGAACUGUCUGAGCUGUGAUUGGAGCGGGGUCUCCUCAGUCUCUCUUCACAUCCAUGUGCCAAAUGGACCUGUGAAUAUCGGUGGUUCUUAACAUUGCCAGUGGUCUAGGCUACAUAAAGAUCUGGGCAAGGAUUUAAAACCACACUUGUGUGCAUUCAUCAGACUGGUUGUGACUGGGGGAAAAAAAAAUGUAUACUGAAUCUCAAGACUGUCUGAGUCUGCAGUAACCCAAUACCAGUCUGGACAAUACUUUCCCAUAUGGCUGCUGUGUCAGUACUGAAGGCAAGUAAAGUACAGGACCCAGUGUCCAUGGUGUGAGGUGGAAAGCAAUGGUAUCAUGCAGUAGCAGCUCUGUGUGUAGGCUACCUGAGAAGAAGUUAUAUGCAGUGAAAAACAUUUAUUCACCAUGGGGUCAUGCACAGGAGGCUGCUGAGGGGAGAACGGCUCAUAAUAAUGU